AUGGAUUCGAACACAUCCACACCUGCAUCAUCAUUAACAAAUACAUAUGCAUCGGGAGUGAAACAAUCUUCGAUAUCAGUUGCAGUUAGAGUGAGACCAUUCACUGAGAUUGAAAACAACCGCCUUGUUAAGCCCGAGGAUGAUGAUUUUUUCCUUGGAGAGGGAUGCUUUACCGAUGGAAAUGCUAGCAACAGCAACAACGGCAACAGCAACAACAGCAACAGCAACAACAACAGCAACAGCAACAACAAUACCAAUUACAAUUCCACCACAGCAACUGCCAAUUCUGUAAACAAACAAAAGUUCCUCAAUCAAUCAGGUAUACGGAAAAUUGUCAACGUAGUUGAUGAUAGAAUGCUCAUAUUCGAUCCACCAGAGACAAACCCUUUGGCGAAAAUGCAAAGAAACGCCUUUCCUAAUAGUUUUAAAGGGUCACGAAUAAGAGAGCACAAGUUUGUGUUUGACAGAUUGUUUGACGAGGACGCAUCUCAGAAUGAUGUGUAUCAAAACACCACCCGGCCAUUGCUUGACUCAGUGUUGGAUGGUUAUAAUGCCACUGUUUUUGCGUAUGGAGCUACAGGAUGUGGAAAGACACACACGAUUCUGGGAACUCCCGAGUACCCUGGUGUUAUAUUCCUAACAAUGAAAGAAUUAUAUGAAAGAAUUGGGGAGCUCAACGACACAAAAAUAAUUGAUGUGAGUCUAUCCUAUCUUGAAAUAUACAAUGAAACUAUUCGUGAUUUACUCAAUCCAGAGACUGAUUUUAAGAAACUAAUAAUUCGUGAAGACUCAAAUAACAAGAUUUCAGUUUCGAAUUUAUCACGACAUAGACCUGAAUCAGUGGACGAAGUGAUGCAUUUGAUAAUUGCUGGUAACGCCAAUCGUACAUCGAGUCCAACUGAAGCUAAUGCGACAUCAAGUAGAUCACACGCCGUUUUACAAAUAAAUAUCGACCAAAAGAAUCGUACGGGUGAUGUAAAAGAGGAACACACAUUUGCUACAUUAUCAAUCAUAGAUUUGGCAGGGAGUGAGAGAGCAGCAGCAACCAAGAAUCGAGGAGCUCGAUUAAACGAAGGUGCAAAUAUCAACAAGUCAUUACUAGCAUUAGGGAAUUGCAUCAAUGCAUUGUGUGACCCACGGCGCCGAAACCAUAUACCUUAUCGUGACUCCAAACUAACUAGAUUAUUGAAGUUUUCCCUUGGAGGUAAUUGCAAAACCGUGAUGAUUGUUUGCGUUUCCCCAAGUAGUCAACAUUAUGAUGAGACUUUGAACACGUUGAAGUAUGCAGAUCGAGCCAAGGAGAUCAAGACCAAAUUGAUCAGAAACCAACACAAUUUGGACCGCCAUGUGGGGUCUUAUUUGAAAAUGAUUACCGAACAGAAACAAGAGAUUGAGGAAUUGAGGGCACGUGAGAAUGAAAUUGCUGAUAUUACAAUCGGUAAACGCAAGAGAUCUGAAGAACGAAUUUUCCAGCUAUUGCAGGACACUAUAGCAUCAGUCAGGCGCAACAUUGCCAAGUACAGUCUUGACAAGUCGAAAAAGAUAUUCAUGUUGGCCAAACGCAAAGUACUAUUACGACAGAAAGUUGAGGUUGAAAUUAUACUUGAGAGCAGACACCAGUUUCAACAAAAGAGACAGUCCUCAGUGGUGCCACAACGAUUUGAUCAAUUAACUUCAACCAUAUAUGACUUGUGUGAGCAGGUCUUGUCCAAGAUCGAUAACCAAAUUUGGCAAAUUGAGCUGCAGUACAGGCAGCAUACUGAAAUCGAUCAUAUUUUAGGCGAGUCUGCGGUACGAGUUUUGGCAAGGUUGGUGAAUGAUGAACCUGACUGGACAGUAUAUCACUCGGCGAUGUAUGAUCAAUUGAUUCAAUCUAUACGUGAUGACUUACAACUUGAAAUAUUGGUUAGGUCUUCAGCAUUGUAUGAUCACUUGAUCUAUGCACUAGCUCAAUUUUAUCGUGCCCCUUGGGCCAUUGCCACGUAUCUAGCGAGCCCAGGAGGUGCAGGUGCUGGUGCAGGUGCAGGCGCUGGGGCUACUGCGUUGAGUAAAGAUGUCACAAUUUUGCAAGAUAUGAUUGAUGGAUUGGAAAAACUAGUUAAUGGGACAUUUGAUUCUGCUUUUGACAAAUUUGCUUUGGAGUAUCUUCGUAAUAAGACGUGGAAUGAAACGGAGAAUGGUGGCAUAAAUGACAGUAAUGGUAGAGAUGGCGGUGUUUUGAUGAAUGAUGCCGCCACUGCACAUAACAUCGACGAUUUAAGGGAUCAAGAUUUGAUCAACGAUGAAAAUGCGUAUCCUUCUCAGUUGUUUAAAAAGCCACGAACUAAUGGCGUUGCGAUCUCAAAUAUCGUGUCACCUCCACGAGAAGCAAAGAAACUAGUAUCAAAACGUGCAAAAACUUCACCAAAUAGCAAAACCAAGCGAUCUUUGCAAUUGCCUACAUCUUCAACAACAACAACAACAACAACAACAUAUAACAACAAAUGGGUACCAUCAGCAUCGCCGGAGUUCAUUGCAAGACAAAAAGCAGUUGGGGUAGAGAACGGACCCGAGGAUAUAAGUAUGAAUGAUGUCAGUUUUCAAAGUGCAUCUGAAUUAGUAUUUCGCGAGGAUGGAAACAAUAACAACAACUCCAUAAUAGUUGAUCAGGAUUUGGAUUCUCCAAUUAGUAACUCAAAGAAAGUUCAGUUUUUCGAUAUUUCACAAGAUGAUGAUUUGCAAAUGAGUUCACCACCACUACCUAAAGUACCAUUGAUGCGUAGUGACUCACUUGUUUCCAGGAAUAACAACCUGAACAGGGAUAACACUCAGAUAAGGGACCAAAGUCAUGCCACUCCUUCUCAAUCAUCUGCACCUCCUCCGCCUCCUGAACCAGUGCAGCAACUGCAUCUACCUCCUUUGCAUAGUAUUCAUUUGACAGAACUGAAAUCUUCGUUGUUGAAUAAACUGGCUGCGAGAGUAAUGACGCAAAAAUCUGAAUGA